CCAGUAGAAACACUUUUCCGUUUAACCCUUUUACCGGUGCUUUCGACACAACCUUGUGCGUGUGUGGAAAACCUAUAAUCGUUCCUUCUUCCACUGUAGCGCGCGCGCGAGCGAGCGAGUGAGAGAGAGAGAAAGAGCGCUAGGGCAGGGCGGGCGAGGGCGAAAGGAAGAAAGAUUAGAGCGCACAGAUUACUUCUCGGCUUGGAUCGAUCUUGGAGCAGCUGGAAUGGCGCGGCAUCCUCUGCGCCUCCUGGUGAUGAGCUAUAGCGGCUGGAUUCGACUUCAUAUCCACGCAUUUUAGAGGUAGCCGGGAGAAGAGGAAGAAGAAGAAGUAGAACAAGAAAGCACAGCGCUUCUGUGCUGCAUAGCUAGGGUCAUUUUGACGGAGGUAUAAGCGAGGUUUUGGGACAAGGAAGGAAACAAGGAAAGGGCCGCGCAUUUCAUGGCCAAGUCCAAGGUUGCAAGGAAGGUUGUGGAAUCCUACACGAUCAGGGGCACUCACAAGGUUGUCAAAGCUGGGGACACAGUUUUCAUGCGUGCUCCCGAUCCGGAGAAGCCUUCUUACGUAGCCAAGAUCGAGAGAAUCGAAGCUGAUGCCAGGAACAACAUCAAAGUUAAUGUCCGCUGGUACUAUCGGCCCGAGGAGUCCAUGGGAGGGAGGCGCCAAUUCCAUGGAGCUAAAGAGCUGUUUUUGUCCGAUCACUUCGACAUCCAGAGCGCUGAUACGAUCGAAGGGAAGUGUACAGUUCACAGCUUCAAGAGCUACACCAAGUUGGAGAGCGUGGGAAGCGAUGAUUUCUUCUACCGAUUCGAGUACAAGGCGGCCACAGGCGGCUUUACUCCCGAUCGUGUUCCAGUGUAUUGCAAAUGUGAGAUGCCAUACAAUCCGGACGAUUUGAUGGUUCAGUGCGAGUCCUGCAAGGAUUGGUUCCAUCCGACCUGCAUGAGUCUAUCUCCUGACCAAGUCAAGAAGUUGGAAACGUUCCAUUGCCCGGAGUGCUCUUCUUCUCCGCCCGACGAGAAGAAAACAAAGAAAUCUUCUCCUCCACACGAGGCCAAGAGCGAACCAAAGCGCCGGAAGAAAUGAAAGGCUCGCUCGGCGAUUACUACUUCACACAACGGAGUGAUUUUGUCGGCUGAUUAAGAGGGUUAGUCCUUGUUUUUGGCUUGUAAGAUAGCUAGUCCUUAGGAGUUAGUGCGCAACACUCCGAUGAUAACCCUCUCUCUCUGUCUCUGUCCAUCCCCUCUCAUCUCUCUCUGGAGUCGGCCUAUAUCUGUACCUAUUUAUCCCAAAGACUGUGAAUAGCUUACAGAAUUAUAUGUUAGCAAA